AUGAAGGCGCUUAGAGCUGGGUCGAAGGAGGCCGCCUCCUGUCCGGCCAUCAUCUCUGUUGCGGGAGCCACAGUGGACCUCCCCCCCGAACAGUGGAAGCUGCUCGCUGAGGAUAAGCAUCCUCUCACGGCCCGUCUGUUCGACUUUGUCACCGGGUGGUUUCAGGGUCGCGUCGAUGAGGAUUUUGCGCGCGGCUCCAUUCAGUGCACCCGCUCCCGCCAGCUUAAGGAUCCCGAGCGUCUGUUGGAUCUGGACGCGACGUCAUUGAAGGGCUCCUACGGCAAUAUCGCUUGUCUGUUCGCGUUCGACAAGAUCCUUGCCCAGUUGGACGCGGUCGCUGCCAAUGGAUCCGGGCCGCAAUUCUCGAGGCCAACUGCGAAGACUCUGAAUGCACUGCGGCAUGAGGCGCACCAAACCGCCGAAGAGCUCGCGUUCAACUUGAGCGUGGAUUUGACGCGACCCAAGCAUGGCGGUGCCGCUGGUGUUUCGAACCGCGGAGGUGCUCGGGGGGGGACGGUGGUCCAUGCUGAUGACGAAGGGGCCGAAGAUACCGCGACUAAGGGUGCAACCCGCGAUGAGGCUGACCGCGCUGUUGCGCGUGAGGGGGAGGAGUCGAGCGAGGAGGAGGCUCACGUGGUAGCGGCCGCGGCAUCUAGCAGGCCCUCUACAUCCGGCAAGAGCAUCAAGCACCUCGCGCAGCACUUGGCCCCCGGUGCUGGAAGCGCGGGCCCGAGUGGUGAGGUCGCGGGCAAGAGUCCCCUGACAGGUCCGCGUGAUCACGCGUCCCUUUCCUCGUUGCCAUCGCAUAAGCUUGCUGCCGAGAUCCUGCAGCUCGAAUGCAAGCUUGCAGCGCUGGCCGAAGAGAACGCAUGGCUGAAGAAACGCCAGGAGUCGGGGGUUGGUGGGGUCGCGGCCGUGGGCUCUGAGGAGCUUGCGUCCGCGCUUGCUAAUGCGGUUCGGGUGUUGGAGAAGGAGGCGAGGGCGAUCGCGCAGGAAAGAGCGGCCCUGGUCGAUACGCGUAACCAGGAGGCGUUGGUGCUGGGGCGAGUGGACGUGAGGCUGGGACAGCUGCACGGGGUGGUGACAGACUCCAUGGAAGCCGCUCAGAAGAAGUUGACGGACAAGGUUGCGCGGAAGAUCGACAACAUGUCGACCGCGGUCUCCGCGACAGCAAUGCGGGCAAUCACCACCAGCGGGGUCACGAACGCGAUGCACACCCUCAUUGCGCUCGUUGGAGGAGCCCCCCCGCCGCGCACGGAUAAUGAAGGAACGACUGCGACGGAGAUUGCCGAGCCCAGGGAUGCAGAGCAUGGAAAGCGGGCAGCGGGUGCGAAGGCGGAGAAUCAACGGGGGGCGAAGAGGCAGAGAGGUCCCCAGGCAGCGGCCGCAGUGCGCAAUCCGAGCGUGCAGGACAUGCUGAAGCAGAAGUGGGGCGCUGUAUCGCGAGUGACAAGUACUGUGGGUCGGGGCAAGGGUAAGGCGGAGGAUGGAGAGGCGCCGGCUGCUGCGGGUUCGCUGGCCUCGAGGUGUGAGGUCCAGUCCGCAGCGGCUGCUGCGGCAGAGGGCAGGCAGACCACGCUCGCACCCGCUCGUGCUGCAAUCACCGCGGGAAAUCUGCAUAGCGCACUGGCAUCUGCAAGUCCUAUCGCGGCCUCAGUCGAGGUCAAGGCGGAGAAACGCGGACGGGGUGGCAAGAAGUUGCCCACUCCACCCGUGUACACGAUCGACAAGGACGAUGCGGAUGAAGAGCUGGAGGGUCUCGUGAGCAGGUGGGUCGAGGCGGGCGACGGAGGAGAGCAGGGUGGGGAGGCCGCGGUCGAUGUUUAUAGCGGCGGAGAGAGCGCGGACGAGCAAGACGGAGACCCCGUGAUCGUGGAAGGUGGCACAACGGGAGGACAUGGUGACACCAGCCCCAAGCGCAAGGGCUGCGGCAUCCGCGCUCCACCCAGGGGCGGGCCCAGAUUGGUUUCUGAACCCCAUAUGGGGGGGAAGAAGCGAUGGCUCGGACACGGCGACCGCGAAGACCUGCAGUACAAGACCGCGAUCGCGAUGUAUCCCUACGACGGGAAGGUCGACCCCGGGCUGAACCUGAGCCAGCAGCAGAUCCGAGAAUGGGCCGCGGACCUGUCCAUCGCUAAGGGGUUACAUACGGGCCUCUUAAUCACCAUGCACUACCGCAACCUCGUGGCAAGCAAGGACAGGUGGCAACGCAUGUUUGAUUCCUAUCGCGGGCUAACCAAGCCCGGAAUGCACACCACCAACGUGAUUGCAUGGGCCGCGGUGGUAGGAAAGAAGGCUGCAGCAGAAGAAGCGGAUCUCGGCGAUGUGGAGCCGACGGACUACGCGGGAGCGAUCGCAUGCGCCAUUGCAAUGGUGUGGGAGGUCACUCGCGGCUCUAACGUCACUGCCGCAACGGAUAAUGGAAACCUGGCCGCGCGUGCUGCUGGUUGCUAUGGAGAGCGAAGCCGUCUCUUCCCCGUAGUAUCCGCGUACGUCAUCAAUGUGGGAAGAUGA